GACAACGACGGGACGUCUUGCCGUCGAGGGGGAAAGCGGCAGCUGAAAGGGAAGUCUUCCAGUUUCCUCGUCUCGAAUGUGAGAACAGAACAUGGAAACAUCUGCCCGAACGAGUCGAGGAAUUCACGCGCGCGACCUUAUGUUCAAAGAAAUCUUUACAAUGUCGAUGAACUCCAGUUUCCAGUUUCGACAAUUUGUGAAGAGAAUCACAACGCCAGGACGUCAUGUCGUCAACAAGGGGGGAAACGCGGUUGGAAAGAAAGUCUUCCACUGAAGUUUCAAGUUUCUUCGUCCCGGAAUAAUCGCGUCGCGACAAUUGGUGACAACAACGACAACAUCGGGACGUCGUGCUGUCCAGGGGUGGAGCAGCAGUUUGAAGGAAAGUCACCGCCCGAACUUGCCA